AUGGACAAUGUCUCUUCUUACCUUGCAUGCUUCCUCCUCCUCCUUUUCCUCACACACGCACGUGCCGACCUCCCUGGCACAUGGGAGCUUCUCGUCCCCGACGCCGGCGUCGCCUCCAUGCACACGGCGGUCACGCGCUUCAACACGGCGGUCCUCCUCGACCGCACCAACAUCGGCCCCUCAAGAAAACUCCUCCCCAAGGGCAACUGCCGCUACGACCGAAACGACGCCCUCUUGAAACGCGACUGCUACGCCCACUCCGUCCACCUCGACCUCCAAACCAACCAAGUCCGUCCCUUGAAAAUCCUCACCGACACGUGGUGUUCCUCCGGCCAGUUUCUCCCCGACGGCACGCUUUUGCAGACCGGUGGCGACCUCGACGGGUUGAAAAAGAUCCGAAAGUUCAGCCCGUGCGACGCAAGCGGGACUUGCGACUGGGAAGAGCUAAACGACGUUGAAUUGGCGGAAGGCAGAUGGUACGCCACAAACCAGAUUUUACCGGACGGGUCGGUGAUUAUAAUCGGUGGAAGAGGGUCCAACACCGUCGAGUUUUUCCCUCCGAGAAAAAACGGCGCCGUUUCGUUUCCCUUUUUGUCUGAAACGGAAGACACUCAGAUGGAUAACUUAUAUCCUUACGUCCACCUUCUUCCAAACGGUCACCUUUUCGUUUUCGCCAACACGCGGUCGGUGAUGUAUGAUUUCACGCGCCACGUCAUCGUUAAGGAGUACCCUAAAUUGGAGGGCGGUCCGCGGAACUACCCUUCCGCAGGGUCCUCCGCGAUGCUGGCUUUACAAGGGGACUACUCAACCGCGGAGAUUGUUGUAUGUGGCGGCGCGCAAUACGGUGCGUUUUUGAUGCAGAGUACGGACACCCCGGCGCACGGUAGCUGCGGGCGCAUAUUAGCUGUGGGGGACGAUGAGAAUCCGAAAUGGGAAAUGGAGGACAUGCCGUUCGGGAGAAUCAUGGGGGAUAUGGUGAUGCUUCCAAACGGCGACGUUUUGAUUAUUAAUGGAGCGAUGUCCGGGACACAGGGGUUUGAGUCGGCUCGUAAUCCUUGUUUGAAUCCGGUUCUGUACCGGCCCGAUCAACCGGUUGGUUUGCGGUUCAUGGUUUUGAACCCUGGCACUGUUCCGAGAAUGUACCAUGCAACCGCGAAUUUGCUACCCGAUGGGAGGGUUCUCCUUGCCGGGAGUAACCCGCAUGUUUUGUACCGGUUCGACGCUGAGUUCCCGACCGAGUUACGAGUGGAAGCGUUUUCGCCCGAGUAUUUAUCCGCGGACCGGGCGAAUCUUAGACCGGUCAUUGAGGAGGUACCUGAAACGGUGCGGUUUGGGGGGAGUUUCGAUGUGGUGGUUUCGGUUUCUUUGCCGGUGGUGGGGAUUGUGGAAGUGAACUUGGCGAGUGCGCCUUUUGCCACACACUCGUUUUCCCAGGGUCAACGUUUGGUCAAACUGGCGGUUUCGUCUGCCGUGCCUGACGGUGACGGGAAGUACCGGAUCGGCGUCACAGCGCCGCCGAGUGGGACAGUGGCACCGCCGGGGUAUUACAUGGCUUUUGCGGUGAACCAAGGCGUGCCCAGCGUUGCCAAGUGGAUACACGUGGCGUAG